AUGGGCUACGCGAUGGCCAUGAAUGUCAGAAAAUACAUGGACGCGAAAUCUACCAUGUAUGUGUACGAUGUCCAUCAGCCGUCAUGCGAACGAUUCAAAGCGGAGUUUUCUCAGUUCGGCCCUAUUGAGAUUGUUGAUUCGGCGAAGUCAGUUGCUGAGAAUGCCCUCGCAAUUGUAUCCAUUGUGCCCACUGGCAAAAAUGUCAAGGACGUCUAUCUAGACGAGUCCACGGGGAUCAUCGCCGCGCGGGGUGCAAAGAAUGGAAAUCUUGACGCAAGUAGGCUCUACCUUGAAUGUAGUACAAUCGAUGUCGCCACAGCGAAAGAGAUAGGGGCUGCUCUGAAAAAUGCAGGCAUGGGCACAUAUAUCGACAGUCCCGUAUCCGGGGGCGUUCCGGCUGCGGAACAACGAAGUCUAUCCUUCCUUCUGGGCACAACUCAGCCCGACGUUCACGAUGCCGAAACGUAUCCGCUGAAAGAGCGCAUUCAAACAAUUUCGGGUUAUAUGGGAGCUGCUGAAAAGACCUUCUUUUGUGGCGCCCUAGGAAACGGUCUCGCAGCUAAGAUAUGCAACAACUACUUGUCGUGCACCAUCUUGCUCGCUAACUGCGAAGCCAUGGCCACUGGCAUGCGGCUAGGCUUGGACAAGCACUUGCUUCAUCAAAUUAUCCAAAAUUCUUCAGGGCAAAACUUCAUGGCCGAUCACGUCUGUCCCGUGCCCGGUGUCGUGGCCCAUGCCCCAAGCAGCAACAACUAUAAGUUGGGAUUCAAAUCGCAAAUGCUUGUGAAAGACGUUGGACUUGGUGUUGACGCUGCCAGAAGUGUUGACAUUGAACCUACCAUUGGGGAGGCGGCCAUGAAGGUCUACGAGAAGGUAGCCGUGGAUGAAAGAUUCAUUGACCGCGAUGGCUCGAUAGUGUACAGAUACUUAGGGGGGCCAGAAAAUUAG